AUGCUCGCCCGCUGCACAGUCGGUGCACCCCUGCGAGCCGCGACUCGCCCGCGACCACUCGCCCUCGCGCGCCUCGCCUCGUCGUCCACCUCUCCUCGACGACCCCCACCCUCGUCGGCCGGCGCACCUCGCCCGCAACCUCGACCGCCGGCACAUGCACGCCCUCAAGACGACCUCAAGCCCCAGCCGUUCGUCCUGCGCCCGCGGUCCCGCACCUACCAGCUCGAGUCGCUGUCGACCUCGCCCGACUCGCCCCUGUCCGACUCGACCCUCCACUUUGUCGACCCGGCCAACCCUGCGACCAAGCGCACCCUGUCCCUCCCCAACCUCUUCCUCCGCGACAGCUCGAUCCACUCGGACCACGUCCACCCGGCGUCCCAACAGCGCCUGUUCCGCACCACCGACAUCCCGCUCGACGGCCACCUCGUCGGCUACGGCGUACACGACAUCCCGGGCAAAGGCGACUGCCUCGUCACAGAGUGGUCCACCCCGCUCGCCUCGGCCCCACCCUCGUCCAAGGCCGCAAAGCUCAGCGUCGUCCCGCUCGACCUCCUCGUCGCCAUCCUCGAGGGCGACAACCUCGCCCACGAGAAGCAGGGGCACCUCCCUCCCGCCACCCCGUGGGACCGCGCCCAGCUCGAGCGCACCCUCAUCCGCGUCCCGUACGCCGACUUUCAGCACUCGGACGCCGCCCUCGAGCGCACCCUCGCCGGCCUCAUCCAGGACGGCAUCUGCAUCGUCACGGGCGUCCCGACCGCCGAGCGCGACGGCCACGACAAGCCCGAGCUGCGCAAACUCGUCGAGCGCAUCGGGAGCCUGAGGCGCACCUGGUACGGCGACCUGUGGGACGUCAAGGCCGAGGACGGCAGCCUCAACAUCGCCUACACCAACCUCGACCUCGGCCUGCACAUGGACCUCACCCACUUCGACAACCCGCCGCGGUACCAGUUCCUGCACUCGCUCCUCAACCGCCACGUCGUCGGCGGCACGUCGUACUUUGUCGACACGUUUGCCCUCGCCGAGCACCUGCGGCACCACUCGCCCUCGGCGUUCGACACGCUCGCGACCGAGCACGUCACGUUCGAGUACCGCAACGGGCCGCACCACACGCGGUUCGUGCGCCCGACGCUCGAGCUCGCGCACGCCCCGGCGGGCCAGGGCGGCGCAUCGGGCCACCACGCCGCCAAGGUGCACGCCGUCAACUACAGCCCGCCGUUCCAGGGCCCGCUCACGCUCGAGCGCAUGACGCGCACCGGCGCCGCCGGCGCCGAGACGGUGAGCGACGACGCCGAGCGCCUCGCGCGCCUGCACGACGCGCUCGGCCAGUUUGCCGCCCUGUGCGACGACCCAGAGCAGCGGUGGCGGUGGACCCACCAGCUCGCCGAGGGCGAGUGCGUCGUGUUUGACAACCGCCGCGUCCUGCACGCCCGCACCGCGUUCGAGUUUGUGCGGCCUCCUCCCGGCGAGGGCGAGCACGAGGGCGGGGAGGAAGCGGGCAGGUGGCUCAAGGGCGCGUACAUGGACGGCGACGAGCUGUGGAGCCGGUGGAGGGUCCUCAAGGCCAAGCAGCGUGCCGAGCGCGACAAGGCGCGCACGAGGGGCAGGACGUUGUUCGUCUAGCUGCGGCGGCGACGACGAUGACGGAGAAGCGAGUGCAACGAGGGUGCGUGCGACGA